CACCACAGCGCAAGCGGAGAGAUGCUAUUUUCAUUGUGUUAUAAUCCAGACACGGCGAAUCUCACUCUCAGUGUUUUGAAAGUCAGAGGAUUAAAUAUGCAGCAAGAAAAAGGAAAAGAAGCAUCCAUAUACAUCAAGAUCACUCUCUAUGUCCGGCGGAAAUUAGUUCGAACGAAGAAAACUCCAUCUAAACGCAAAGCUCCUGAGGUGGAAUUCAAUGACACAUUCAACAUCCACGUGCCACAGAUGGCUAUUGGAGAAGUAGAUAUGCUCGUGACGCUUUGUGAGAAAUCUCAAGGCUUAGGAAGCAAACGCAUCUUGGGAAGGACGCAAGUGGGAGGCAACUGUUUAUUUGAUCAAGGUCUUCAGCACUGGCAAGACAUGCUGACUAGUCCAAAGAGCACGUGCGCACAGUGGCACAUGUUGUGCGGUUAACAGUGGCGCACGCUUUGCCAUAUCUUUCUUUAAAACAUUUAAUAAGGUAACAAAAAUUUUCACAUGCCAGCACAGCUGAAUUGUGUGGAGAAAAAACGGUUUUAGAUACAAAAUAUUGUGACAUUUCAAUUUCGGAGAAAGCUAAAUUCUAUCGUGCUAAUGGUAAAUACAGCGCAAGUGGAAAAGACAAAUGUUUCGUUGAGCUGAUGUAGUACACAUUACAAAGCUUGGAAUUUGCAAAUAGUUUUUAUGUUUUAAAUUUAACAUAUUCAUAGCUAUCUCUUCCAGGCGAGUUCUGAAAUAUUUGCCCAGAGAAAAUAUUAAUCGCGUUUCUUUCAAAGAAAAUAGAGCCUAAUCACUUACAUUAAGUGAAUUUAAUAUUAAUUAUUAAAUGCGCAGAAACACAGAAUUAGUUUUUUUUCAUGUCAGUGUUAUCUUUGUUAAACUAAAAUCAGUUACUUUAAUCAUUUGCUUAACAUUACUUUGCUGUCCCAUCAGAUCCUGACAUUGUAUUGUUAUUUCUAUCAGAGAUAACUGCUUUGAUUUUUUAACUAUCAACUAAAAAUAUAUUAUUAUAAUUUCUUUUAAAAUUAUAAAUCUUAUUUAUUGUUUAUUUAUUGUCUUGUUUAUGAGAUAUAAAAAAUUCUAAGGAUGUAUAGCUUCAUUUUUCCUAUAUUAUUGAAAAGAAAACUGCCUGUAGAUUAUUUUCAUGAAUUACUAGUUGUGUUAUGUGAUAACAGUUUUUAAAUUAAUGUAAAUUUUAUUAUAUUUUUAAAAAUGUUUUGGAUACUUAUCAAAUUAAUUUUGUAUGGUGUCAUAUAUGUGUGCAAUGAUAUCUAACUUAUCGUGAUUAAAUGUUGUUGAGUAUUACUUUUAGUUUACGUAAAUAUACCUGACUUAUAGUAACUAAAUGUUGAGCAUUAUUUUGCGUUAUCAGUGAGUUGUUAAAAAUUUGUGUCGCUCUUAUUAUUUUCUUUAUUUGCUUCGGUUUGUAUUUAUUUCAAUAUGUGUCUGUAUUUUGAAUAAAUGAUAUCUUUGUUCAAUAAUAAAUGAAUCAAUCAGCUACAUGUUUCAAACAAAAUACAAAUUUUCGAAGUUUUACGGUUUAAAAUAUUUUCUCUCUAUUCUUCUGACACAAGGUAAAUUUUCUAGGUGCUAUAUAUUAUUUCUGUUGACUUGGAUUUGAACGUUUAUGACGCGAUAUAUUUUAUGUUAUUAGAUUUAUUUACUUAGAUAGUUAUGGUUUAAUGCAGCUAAACAAGCACAAACGUUUUAUAGCUUGUAUUAUUUAAUUCUCGUGAAUUAUUAAACUAGGUAAUUUUUGUUUGGAGUGAAAAUUUAUUUUA